GCGCGGUGACCUCUGAACCGGAAGUGAUAGUGACGAUGCUGUGAAGCUAGUUAGCACAAAUGGAAUACCGUCUGAUGAAUGUUGUACUGUGUGUGCGUGUUCACAUCCCGCGUUUCUGAUAUCAACUCAGCCAGCACCGCUCCUCUUUCCGUUAUAGACGUGUGAUCAAUGACGGCUUUGGUCAGCAAUGGCUGUCGUGUCAUGGAAGGAGAUAUUGCUUUUGACUGGACUGGUGGUGGGUUGUUACUGGAACAGUCUGUCGUGUGGGUUUGUGUUUGAUGAUGUCUCAGCCAUUCUUGACAACAAGGACCUACGGCCCUCAACCCCUAUCCGCAACCUGUUUCUCAAUGACUUCUGGGGAACGCCGAUGGCUGAGGAGCGGAGCCAUAAAUCGUACAGACCCCUGACUGUGCUUACCUUCCGAUUGAACUACCUCUUCAGUGAACUCAGCGCCGCUUCCUACCAUCUGUUCAAUGUCAUUCUACAUGCCGUAGUAUGUGUGCUGUUUCUGCGAGUGUGUCGAUUGUUCCUGGACAAGACUUCCAGCUUGGUAGCGGCGUUGCUGUUUGCUGUGCACCCCAUCCACACUGAAGCCGUCACUGGUGUAGUUGGCAGGGCUGAACUUCUUUCUUCAAUUUUCCUCCUGGCUGCUUUCCUGGCAUACACUAAAUCAACAGGCGCUGAUCACUCCAUUGUUUGGACUCCCAUAGCUCUGACAGUCAUUUUGGUUGCUGCAGCAACACUGUGCAAGGAGCAAGGAAUUACUGUUGUUGGCAUCUGCUGUGUCCAUGAAGUGUUUGUUGCACAGGGGUUCACCCUGCCCAUGCUGCUGGAUACACUACGACAAGUCCUGCAGGGUAAAGACGGUUUCCCCUAUGCUGUCCUCCAAACUCUGCUGAAGCUCAUUGUCCUUGUCAUCAGCACGCUGCUGCUUGUCAUCAUCAGGGUCCAAGUCAUCCAAUCCCAGCUUCCUGUCUUCACCAGAUUUGAUAACCCAGCAGCAGUCAGCCCCACUCCCACUCGACAACUGACCUUCAACUACCUUCUCCCUGUGAACGCAUGGCUUCUACUGAAUCCCUCAGAGCUCUGCUGCGACUGGACAAUGGGCACCAUCCCCUUGGUGGAGUCACUUUUAGACCUUCGUAACUUGGCUACGCUAGUGUUCUACAGUUUUCUGGGCCUGCUUGCUUACCACAGCCUGCGCUACAGACACAGCUCUGCCAAGAUUGUCAUCAUGGCCCUGUCUUUGAUCGUCUUGCCUUUUGUUCCAGCGUCCAACCUCUUCUUCCCUGUGGGAUUUGUUGUAGCAGAGAGGGUACUUUAUGUUCCAAGUAUGGGCUUCUGUGUUCUUGUUGCUCAUGGAUUCAAGAUUGUCUCACAUAAAGGGCAUUUGAAGAAGAUUUCCUGGCUCAUUAUUGGAGUGCUGUUAACUACACAUGCAGUGAAAACUUUCAACAGAAACUGGGACUGGGAAUCAGAGUAUACUCUAUUUACAUCUGCCCUGAAGGUUAACAAGAACAAUGCCAAGCUGUGGAAUAAUGUGGGCCACGCGCUAGAGAACCAGAACAAUUAUGCAAAGGCCCUGCAGUAUUUUCUCCAAGCCACACGCGUCCAACCAGAUGACAUCGGUGCUCACAUGAAUGUCGGUCGGACCUACAAAAACCUGAAUAAGUCCAAAGAGGCAGAAGACGCUUACUUGGUUGCCAAAUCCCUCAUGCCACAGGUUAUUCCUGGUAAGAAGUACGCGACACGUGUUGCGCCUAACCACCUGAAUGUUUACAUAAACUUGGCAAAUCUGAUUCGGGCCAAUGACUCGCGACUGGAAGAGGCUGACCAGCUCUACCGACAAGCAAUCAGCAUGAGGCCAGAUUUCAAACAGGCCUACAUCAGCAGAGGAGAGCUGCUGCUUAAAAUGAACAAGCUGACAGAAGCGCGGGACGCCUACCUCCGAGCCUUGGAGCUUGAUCGCACCAACGCUGACCUGUGGUACAACCUGGCUAUUGUCAACAUAGAGAUGAAAGACCCAUCCGAGGCCCUGAAGAACUUCAACCAUGCUCUGGAGCUCAACCCUCGCCACAAGCUGGCGCUUUUCAACUCGGCACUUCUCAUGCAGGAGUCUGGAGAGCCCAAGUUCUGGCCUGAAGCCAACCGUCGUUUCCUCACCUACGUGGAAGAGGAGCCUGAUGAUGCCAAUGGCUACUUCAACCUUGGCAUGCUGGCUAUGGAUGCUAAUGAGAAUGCCGCAGCUGAGCGUUGGAUGCGUAAAGCCAUCGGACUACAGGCUGGCUUCCGCAGUGCCCUGUUUAACCUGGCAUUGCUUUACUCUCAAUCCAAACGGGAGAUAGAUGCCCUGCCUGUGUUGGAUGAGCUGUUGCGCCACCACCCGGAACACAUCAAGGGCCUCAUCCUUAAGGGUGACAUCCUCAUGAACCACAAGAAGGACACCAUUGGUGCUAAAGAUUGUUUUGAGCGCAUUUUGCGUAUGGACCCCACCAAUGUCCAAGGCAAGCACAACCUGUGCGUGGUCUACUUUGAGGAGCGUGACCUGCCGCGGGCCGAGCGCUGCCUGGAGGAAACGCUGGCCAUGGCGCCAAACGAGGAGUACGUUCGCCGUCACUUGAGUAUUGUGCGAAGUAAAAUGGCCGCCAUGAGUGCAGCAGGGCAACCACUGUCUUCAGCAGCCAAGGAGGAAAAGCCACAGAGAGUUAAGGAGGGGGCGGAAGAGGUCGCAGAGGGUGAGGAGGAAGGGAGGGGUGCCGAGGCCGUUGGAAAGGGUGCUGUGGAGGAGAAGAAUGUGCGGAAAUCCUCUGCAGAAAGCCUCCAAGGUGUGGACCAAUCAGAAUCUUUAGACAGUAGCCAGUCUGACAAGCGGACUAAGGGUAAGUCCACUGAAGAGAUUAAAGAUAUAGAGAAAAAAAGAGAAGCUGCCUUGAAGAGACUAGAGGAGAUUGAGCGCAUAUUAAGUGGAGAUUGACACUGUUGUAAUUUAUAGCUGGACUACUUUUGUAGAGCUCUUUAAUGCUCCAAAAUUAGACUGCAUCCCCCCCCCCCCCCCAGAAUGUUAUGUAUUCUUAAUCAAUUGCCAUUUUAUUUCUUUGAUUUACUCACCUUUGCAGGUCACUGAGCAGGGUCCUGUCAUUUUAAUACUAAUCAUGUAAAGAAGGGAAAAGGUGAUCUGCACAUGAAAUUCUCGUAACAAUAAGCACAAAGCCAAUUGGGAUAACCUAUUUAAAGCUUAAGGCAGACGUACUGUAGAUGCCAGUGUGUGUGCUGCUUCAUCUGAAUGUGAUUUCACAUAUCCUAGAUCUACAGUAGCUAUAUUUGUUUUGUUUUUCCCAUGUCAUAGUCAUUGUUUAUCACUGGAGUUUUUUUCUUUUCUUUUUUUUUCUGACUCACUCCUGCGUUAUUGUUUUUAAAAACAGAAUGAUUGUAUCGUGGACAAUUAAAGGAAAUGACGUGCUCCCCAGAUUUCCUCAAGGCAGGAUUAUAUCUACGCAGUUUGCGCCUCAAAAUAAAUCGCACAGAGAGCAAAAUAACCCUCCACUCUACACCAUCACAAGGCUUACGGUAUGUUCCCAUUGCAGCAACGUCUGCUAAUCUUUAUUGAUCUCACUCAACACUUCCUGCCACUACAUCAUCGGCUUAUGUGCUCCCAGCUGCCUUCACCUCAAAAUUUCAUUGUGAAGCCAUCUAAAGGCGAUUAUCUCAUUCCCUUUGUCACUUUACUACCCUCGCAUUUCCACGCCUGCCUCCCAUCCUUCGGACUGCUGCGGCCUCAGCAAAGAUGGAGGUUUGCAGUGUUUUCCUGCUUUUCUUGAUAAUCCAACCAAGAGACAUUCCUGUAACACCCAUUUUAUCGCAGUCAGCAUCAGUGCUCGCUCUUUCUCUACGUCAUGCGGUCUUCGUUUUCUGAAACUCCUGUUCUUUUACUGCACAUUCGCAGAAAAUCGAUCUGUUCACUUGCUCCACAGUGAAGCUGUAACUUAAUGGCACUAAAAUAUCAUGUCAAUAUCAAUAACAUGUUCUGCUUUUUGCAGCAGCCUUUGCCUUCUUCUUUACAGCUGUGAUUCCUCACAAUCAUAAUGAACCUAUUGCGAAACCGCUGCGGGUGAAAACUCGACAAGAAAGCAAAAGUCCACAAAUCCCUCCGGCUCCUGUUUCCUCGGGCCUGUUCUUCUGUUACUACACUACAAUAAAACUGAGCGCCUCAUUGGCUUCCCUCCAAGAGGUCUGCUUAUUGAAGCAAUUCUCUGUUCUGAUUGUGAGCAUGUAAGAAGCCAAAAACGUUUCCGUUGCCGCACAAAUGGUUUGUAGCAUAGUCAUCAGUGGUAGUCACGUAUCAUGAGCAGCCCUGUGGUUGUAGCUACAAGGCAGGUCAGCAGUAUUCAAUUCAUUGCGCUCAUUUAAGCAUAUUAAGUAGAACUGUAUUUUCCUUGCUGAUAGUCAUGUCUUCACAGCUCCCAUGAUGUGAUGUGAUUUGUUUCAGCAUGAUGACUCUGCUCAGUUCUAUUCCUAAUUGUAGACUGAUUUCUGGAGGUUAGCAGUGCCGCAGUGGUACAACGGAGUCUUGCUAUGCAUUGACCUGGCCCUGAAAAAAUACACAUGCACCAGUCAGCCGCAACAUUAAAGCCACUGACAGCUGAAGGGGAUUGAUCAUCUCGUUACAAUGCAGAGCUCCACAUGUGGAUGUGACAUAGACACGUAUAUACACUAUAGCAGUGCCACUCCCUAAUGGUAGCAGCCUUUCCCAGUAGGACAAUGCAACCCGCAAUACCACAGAAACAGCUUAAAUAUUAUAUAAAAAAAAAUGGCCCAAGUUGUUGACUCGGCCUAGAUCCUAAACUGAUCUACAUAGGCCCCUCCCCUCAACCCACAGGACCCAGAGGCUACCUCUACCAAUGUCCUGAUGCCAGGCUCCGAAAGACACCCUCAGUAGGUCCAUGACCGUCCUCCAGUGUUUCAGAACUCUUUUGGAGGCACAACUCUAGGCAGGUGGUUUUAAUAUUGAGGCUGAUUGCUGUAUUACACAGGGUACUGGAACCAGUGUUAUUUAUUUCUUAUAAUUGCACAUGCUGUAGAUGUUUUUAUUUACCAGUGGCAGGUUGCUUUAAAUUCAUGGUGCAUUAUUUUGUCUCUACUAUCGUGUGUACUAUAUGUUCUGUUGCUCAGAAAAAUGUGUCCUUUUAAACAACAGAGCCCAUGACAGUGUUAAAAACCUGUACGAAAUAAUGAGCUGCCCGCAUCAAGAAGUAGGUACAGCUUUGAGGAAUGAGGAAUCCAGUUUCACUUCAUUUUGUUGAGUGACUUUUGUGAUUUCUUUUCUUUUCUUUUUUUUUUUUGUACGACUUAAAAUGUUUUUUAUGCAAUAGCCCUGGUGUGGGUGGUGUGGGUUUAGGUUAUUAAAUAAAGUGAGAUGACGCCUCUCA